AUGGCUUCCCAAUCAUUGCCCGGUCAUGCGCGUCAGCUCACGUUUGGUGUCGAAUUCGAGUUUCUUGUGGCAAGACGUCCGGCUGACCUAGUUCCGCACUCCAAAGAUACAAGAUGGACUGUCCCAUCCGGCAUGUUGGGGAAUUCAAACAAGAAUUCGGCAAAUACACAGGCGCAGGAUUUCAUCAAGUCCCUACUGGCCAACAACGGAGUUCCAGCCCUCAGUAAACAUCGGUAUGGACUUUCGGACAUCGCGUACGUCCGGAGUGAGAUAGAUUCGCAAGGAGUUCAGCCACCUCCCGAACCCAAUCGAGUUGCAGUUCACGCUUUCUGGAUGGUCUCAGAUGACCCGAGUAUCCAAAUGAUCGAGGGAGAAGACAUUGACGGGUACCAAUAUGAGGAUGUUGAAGUGGCAUCCCGAAUCCUCCAAGAGUCAAACUUCCACGAGGUGGAAAAGGUUUACUCCCUGAUCCAGAACGCCAUCAAGACUCAGGUCAACUCUUCUUGCGGCCUGCACUACCACGUCGGCAUCAAGCACUUAUCGCUAGAGUCUGUCAAGAAGCUGGUGACGCUGCUGAUGGUGGUGGAGGACACCGGCCUCUUCCAGAGGAUCUGCGCGCAACACCGCUCUUCCCCAGCCAACCACUAUUGCCAGCCUGUCUCGAAGCUCAGCAGAGCCGUGAUGCGGCGGGACAGCCCGUCCAGUGGCCUCGUGAACUACAGCCUCGCAACGCACCUCCCACAGCAACACGGCAUCUCGCGCGACCUGCUCCCGGCCCUCGCCUGCAUCUGGCACUGCGUCAGCGUGGACGAGAUCGCGAAGCAGACACGCACCUGCAACGACGGCGCCAGCGCCGCCUCCGGGUUCAACGGCCGCGGGGGCUUCGCGGUCAGGAAAUCCAUCGUGGAGCUCAGCAUCGAGGGGGAUCUUGUCGGCACCGACCCGACCGUCGAGUUCCGGUACAAGGAGUCCACGGGCAGCGCCCGGGAGGACUACCACUGGCUGCAGCUGUGCCUGAGCCUUGCCCGAGGGGCUGAGUGGCCGCGAGAUCGAUUUCGCGCUGCGCUGGGUGUUUUGUCCACCGCGAACAGCUUGGAGGGCCUGCUGAAUGGUCUCGGUGUUGGAGAGAACGAAGUGCGGUGGUGGUCGGAAAUAGCGAGACGUCAUCGUGAUCACCCAGCCCCGUCGAAGAAAACGGAGUUUCUGAAGCCCGAGAAUGUCUCGAGUUCUGGCGUUGUCUAA